CGGAGUCUGUGAACGUGUGAGUGUGGGAUAAAUAAAGAAAUAGAGAUAUGAAAACAAAUACUGAGUUACUUUGUAGGCAUGGUAUUUUUUUCAUGUCUAUAGAAACUAUUUAAGUAUAGUUUUGAGGUACUUUACCUCGGAUGCAGAAUGCAGGAAGCAACAAUGUGUCAUUGGCCACUGAGGUUUGACGUGCCUGAGUCCUGGCUGGGUCCUAGUGCCAGUCGGGUUAUCUGACAGCCACCGUGUCAGAAGACUUUUCAAGGGCUGCUGGGUGACGAACCAUGUUGUGAGUCAGUCCUCUCAAUGUGUGUUCUUUAUUAUUUGUUUAUGUGUGUAGAAUUACACUUGAUAGUAUAUGAUAUGAAGAAGUAUUGCUCUUGUUGGAGGGUUUUACAAUAUCCACAUGGGCAAUCGUUUGACUUUUUAUUUCACAUCAACAUUUUAACCAUUGAGCUGUUUUAAUUUUAACCACCUGACCUUAGUUAACCUAUGCAUUCACUUUGACUCAUUUCAACCGUUAUUUGUUAUGUUUAUCUAACAUUUACAACUGUUUAUUUAAGUUACUUAACCUGUUUUCAACCGUUAUACCGUCAUUUUGAGCUGUGUCAACCAUUUAUCCACCACUUUUAGUUCAUGUUUACAGGUGCUCUCAAUUCGAAAACAUAGUUAAUCAUUUUUUUUAAUGAAAUCUGAAUCUCUACUUUUGUUUUCAUUAGUUAAGCUAGGGCUCCAUCUUAUUUCCAUGUACUUUACUGCUAUUGAUUUAGUAUAUUUCAUACUUAAGAACUGAAACAAUGGCCUUCCCAUCACUCACUCCCAACACAUUCUGGUUAAUACACUUCUUAUAAGCAUAGAAAAUUAGGAUUGUAUGCAGUAAAUCGCCCAGAACAGCUAUCUCCUUUCACGCACACACACGCACACACACACGCACUACACGCACACGCUACAGAACAUAACGAGCACUAGGACCCAGCGGCUCCCUCCUCCAUGCAGCAGCACUCUGCCGCUGCGAGAGGAGGACCAGAAAUCUGCAGCUCACAGAGUGAAGAGAUCAAAAUGAUGCUGCCUGUAAAAAAGGAUUAAACUCCGGGCCGCCACCUCGCUUGGAUCGGCUGCUGGUGGAGAGGACACCGAUUUGGCUACGGGGGGGCUGUUGAGAAUGGAGACAUGCCGUCGCUGAGCAUCCGUCGCGACGCUUGACCGACCAUGAUGAAGACCGAAUCCACAUCCAAGAGCACCGGCUCCGGCUCCACGCUCAGGAGCCCAUCCCCGCACAGGAACGCGUACGAAGCGGGGAUGCAGGCCCUGAAGCCCGUCAGAGACAACGCCGCCAACGGGGACCUGCAGGAGGGCCCCCGGGGGCGCAGGUACGGCUCCAACGUGCACCGUAUCAAGAACAUGUUCCAGCAGAUGCAGACCACAUCCCCGGCCGAUGCGGGAGAGGGAGAGGAAUGCGCCAGGAACGCCGACAAAUCGGUGCGCCUCUCCCUCCCCAGAGCCGGCAGCCUGAACGAGAACGUGGACCACAGCGCGCUGCUGAAGCUGGGAUCCACCGUGUCCGAGCGCGUGAGCAAAUUCGACACCACCAAACCGGAGAACGGGCACCCGCGGGCCUCGUCACCCAGCUACUCCAAGCUGCAGGAGACCCGCCGCAUCUUCGAGCAGCAGCAGCAGGAGAGGCAGCAGCAGGGGAGGCAGCAGCAAGAGGAGGAGAGACAGCAGCAGGAGGACGAGGAGGACGAGGAGAGACAGCAGGAGCAGGAGGAGGAAGAGGAGGAGGAGAGACAGCACGAGGAGGAGGAGAGGCAGCAGGAGAAGCUGGCCACCACCAGGGUCCUGCUGAAGACCGACAAGGCCUCCGGCUUCCAGGAUGGCAGGUUGGACGUGAUGGCUCGUUUCAACGGCAGCACGGAGUCCCUGGACAGCCUGGACACCAGCGAGGCCGUGUCCCCGACAGUCAGCCAGCUCAGCGCCGUGUUUGAACGGGCGGCCGAGCUCCGGAACAACCUCCACCGCCUCUCCUCGACCCCGCCGCUCCCCUCCCGGGGGGUCAGCGCCAAGGUGGGUGUGUUGAACUCCAAAAUAAUCACAAAGAGGGUUUGUGCCUUUGCGGCGGGCAACCCGGAGGAAGAUAUAAGCAAUCCGAUGGGCCUCAAGGGGCCUCCGAGGGGCCCCAGGGGGAGGAUGACUCCUCCAUCUGAAAGCUGUAAUGGGGGCCAAAGCCCUCCAGACACUGAACUUCACAGCACCGCAGGAGAGCAGCGAGAAAAGACAGUGUCCGACGCAGGCGUUGAGGUCAAACCCGAGGAACACUAUGGGGCCAUGGGGCCCAACGGCACAACACUGCAAGGUGACAUCCACAUCUCUGUGGAGAACGGGGCCGCCGCCGCCCAAAAGCAGAGCUCUCCAAAGGGCGGCGUGACGGCCAGGGACGCCGCGGUCGAAGAAGACCGGACUCUCAGAGAAGACCAGUCGGGGCGCGACUCUGUGGAUAUCAGUACCUACAGCGCGGUGGGGGAGGACUUUGUAGGAAGCCAGGUGGGGGAGGAGGAAGAGGAGGUCGAUGACAGCUACGAAGCCGAGUCCAGCUGUGCGGAGAUCUCCGGGCUGCCUGCGGAGGAGGACCCACCCCCCUCCAGGAAGAUCCGCUUCAGCACGGAGGCCAUCAAGGUGUUUGCCACCUACCCCAACGAGGACUACGACCGGCGCAAUGAAGACGUGGACCCCAUGGCGGCGUCCGCAGAGUACGAGCUGGAGAAGAGGGUGGAGAGGCUGGACCUGUUCCCCGUGGAGCUGGAGAAAGACGGCGAGGGCCUGGGCAUCAGCAUCAUCGGGAUGGGUGCCGGGGCCGACAUGGGCCUGGAGAAGCUGGGCAUCUUUGUGAAGACGGUCACGGAUGGAGGAGCAGCACACAGGGAUACCAGGAUCCAGGUGAACGAUCUGAUUGUGGAGGUGGACGGGACCAGUUUGGUGGGAGUCACCCAGAACUUUGCCGCCUCCGUACUCAGGAACACCUUAGGAACCGUCAAUUUCGUGAUCGGGCGAGAGAAGCCGGGAGAGCAGAGCGAGGUGGCCCAGCUCAUCCAGCAGACGCUGGAGCAGGAGCGCUGGCAGAGGGAGAUGAUGGAGCAGCGCUACAACCAGUACAUGGACGAGCAAGAGGGCGGUGAAUACGGCACAGACGAGGAAGAAGACGAGGACGAGGAGGUCAGUCCGCCGUAUCCCAGCGCCAUCGAGGUGUUUGACUUGGCGGAGAACGAGGACAUGUCGCCCCUGGAGACGGACCCUGAGAAACUGGCACACAAAUACAAAGAGCUCCAAAUAAAGCAUGCUGUGACCCAAGCGGAGAUCCAACAGCUGAAAAGAAAGCUGCACCACGCCGAGCAGGAGAAGCAGCGCUGGCGCAUGGACAAGGCCCAGCUGGAACAGACGCUGCAGGAGAACAAGGAGCGCAUGGAGAAGCUGGAGGGCUACUGGAUGGAGGCUCAGAGCCUGUGCCAGGCGGUGGACGAGCACCUGAAGGAGACGCAGUCCCAGUAUCAGGCCCUGGAGCGCAAGUACAGCAAAGCCAAACGCCUGAUCAAGGAGUACCAGCAGAAGGAGAUCGAGUACCUGAAGAAGGAGACCCAGCGCUGUGCACAAGUUGGAGCUGAGGCCUCUCUUCUCAAGGAGGAGUCUGGGCAACUCCAGGAGCAGGUGGCGGACCUGGAGUGCCGGGUGGAGGAGCUGAAAUCCGAUCCUUUAUAAAAAUGAAAAGCCUUUUCGUCCGCUGCGCGUCUCCUCUAGCAGAGCUCCACUCCGCUGGAGGAGAAGACGGCGUUAUCGUUCUUGACCUGCAGGGUAUUUCCUCGGUUUCAGCCACUUAAACCCCUUUUUUUUAAACCAUGUUUUUUUUCUGUUACCAUUUAUUGGGAUUGUGUAGAACGGUGUCAUCAUCACAAAUACAGACUCUGUUGAGCUCUAGAUGUACUGUUCCCUUUUCAGUAUUUAAUCCAUUAAUUUGUGGGGUUUUUUUGUGCUUUUAAUUGCCAAAACAGAAAAAAAAAAAAAAAAAAUCCCUUUCUUUUGCCUCGUUUUGUGACCCUUUUUUUUGUUUGUUGUCGUUUUCUUUUUUGUACAGACGUGAUAACGUGUGGUUUAACAAUCAGUUUGGUUUGUAAAAUUUUUUAAUAUGUGUAUAACAUUUAACAUAAUAUAAAACUAACGAGAUUGAGGGGGUCGUUGUAUAUUUUACGUGAUGUAAAUUGGGAAUCGGGGAGAUUGCACUGAAGAAGACAUCGACGAAGGUGCUUCACUGGAACGGAGGAAGAAACGGGAGGAACUAUGUUUUUGAGGUCGUCUUGGAAAUAGUAGAAACUGUGUAAGCCGACCUUCGUAGGGGUCUUGUCACUUAACCUUGAGAACCACCUGCUGCCUACCUUUCAGAAGUGUUUGUGUAUUUUUUACACACCGAAAAAAGACUCGUCAAUGAGCGUCCAACCCCCCCCCUCCGAUUUCAAACCCUCCGCUUCUUUAUAAAAAUAUGAAAAAACAUUUAAAAAAAAUAGAAAACAAGCCUCCACACAAACUGCUGUGCCACAAAUGAAAAUGGAUCUCUUUCCUCCCCUCCAAAUGGAUGUUGUCAAGGACUUGUGUAACUGGUAUUAGUUAGGACUACUGAUAUGAGAAACAUUACUGGACUGGGAUUGUGAAAAGGAAGCCGGAUACCAGCAGCGAAGAUAUAUAUUGAUUUUAAAAAAGAAGAAGAAGCUUGUGUCUCCAACCAGCAGCUGCACUUGACACAUGGGAACAUACACACUGCCAGGUUUCACGCCUGUUUCAACUCAUGCACACGUUUUAACAAUGAAAUUGAGUCUACUUGUGUCAACCGUCAUACCAGUAUGUUUGUAUAGUUCAGGUAAAGACUGAAAUAUUUUAAUUUUACUUAAUAUUUAUAAUAUAGUCAAAAAGGUGGAAAUAUGAGCUAACGAGGACAAAAAGGUGACAAAAGCAAUGUUCAGACAGUUUUACUGUCUUUUAAGAAAAAAAAAAGACAAAAAAAAUCAUCUGGAUCGCUACAGAAACUAAAAUUAAGAUUAAUGAAUUGAAGAAGAAGAAAAAAAUACAGGCAUGGUUAUGAGUAUUUUCAUAAUAUUAAGGCUUGUACAGUGCACAUGCUUUGCAUUGUAUGUUUUUGUGGAAUAAAUGGUCAACAGUGA